AUGGCGAGGUGUGGAGGUCUCCGGAAAAGGAAAAGGAAGGUGAACCAAAACAGUAAUGAAAACCAAGUUGAAGAAGAUUCAGAACAUAAUAUUGUGAGCCAAUCUCAUUCGUCCAAUGAGAUUCCUUCAACUUUAAGGGACUCUUCAAAUCCUACUUCUCCUGAAAACUCAGCAAGUGACAUACCUUCACCAAGAAAUUUUAAUACCCAAGAAUUAACAAUCAAGUAUCAUUAUGGAGGUCAUUUCACAUUUUCACCUCGUAGGCAGUACACAGGGGGGAGUGAGAUGGUAAAAGAUGGCCAUGAGGUGGAUUUCCUCUGUUAUUUCACUAUCCUGGAUGACCUUAAGGCAUGUGGCUUUAACAUUCUUGAUGGAGAUAAGUUCUAUUAUCUUAAACCAAGAACUCCUAUUAGUGACUUGAAUGGGCUUGUACGUGUGAAUGAUGACGAUGAUGUUUCAUCCAUGCUGUCCUCUUAUAAGAAACACAUGCUAUCUACAUUUGAGAUAUACACAUUGUCAAGAAAACAUGAUAUUUUGCCAAAUGAAAGCAUGGGAGAAGAGAUUCCUCUGGACAGUAAUCCCCAUGAUCCAAUUCAGCCAUCAACUGUACAAGAACCGGAGCUUAAUCCCUCAGAAGGUUCGCAUUUGAAGAAAAAGAAAACGCGAGGACCCACACGAUGUAUGAAAAUUAUUGAGUUAGAGGAAGGAAGAAAGCUGCCAGUAGAUUUUGAUGAAGAUCAUCAAGCAAUUGGAGAAAACGCAACAAGUUUUGUUUGGUUCUUGGGAGUAACGGUUCGAAAUCGAUCAUGUUGUCCUUUACAAGUGAAAAGAUGGAAGGAUAUUAGUAAUGAUGCUAUCGAGCAUAUGUGGGCAAUUGUACAGGAGAAGUUUACAUUUGAAUUACCAAUGAGAAGGAUGGAAGCAAUCAUCGGUCACAUGAAUGCAUUAUAUCGGGAUCAUAGGCAAAAGUUGAAGCAGAAAUAUUUCAACAAGAAACAUAGUUACAAAAGUCGCUUGAAGAAUAGGCCAAAAAGAGUCUCAAAAGAUGAUUGGAAGUAUCUCGUUAACUUAUGGAGCGAUCCAACUUUCCAGGAAAGGAGUUUGAAAAAUAAAGAGAACAGAUCAAAACGUUCAAUGCCACCCUACACAGGCACAAAAAGUCUUGCUCGACUUAGACACCAAAUGAAAAAACAAAAUGGAACUGUUCCUUCUCGUGUUGAGGUUUGGAUUGAAUCACGUAAGAGAAAGAAAGGAAAGACUAUAGACCCUGACUCCCAAGAUGUGAUUUCUCAACUUGAUCAAUUGAAGAAACAAAGAGCUGAAGGAGUUGUUUCUAUGAAUGAUGAAGAAAUGUUUGAAAAGGUUCUAGGACCUGAGAAGAAUGGCUAUGUGCGAGCUUAUGGACCUGGAAAAGGCGUGACCGAAUUCUUUGGUGUUAAACCAACCAAAGCUGCACUUAUAAAACAAGUAGAAGCUGCUAGAAAAGAAGCGAGUGAACAAGUGGAACAAGCCAAAAAGGAAGCCAAUGAACGAGUAGAUAAGAUAACCAGAGACGUUGAGAAACAAAUGGCUGAUAUGAACAAGAAAUGGGAAGAAAAGUUUCAAAUCCUACUUUCUAAUGCAAGAUCUUCAGCGCCAAGAGAAGAGUCUAAUGAGGAAGUAAGGUUUCCUCCAUAUCGGUCUGAGGGAGAAGACAGCCGCCACCACCUGCACAACAAUGGCCGCUGCAGCGGCGGAUUCGAAAGGGACGAGGAAGGGUCGCUAGAUCUGGAUUUCCGUCUCGUAACCCUAAAUUUGAACAGCGGGGAGGUAGCAGGGGAGCUUUGUGUGGUCGGCGGUGUAGCGAAGGAGGCAAUAUUCGAUGCUUACCUCCUUAGUCGUUUGGCGGCUCCGCUCCGCAAGGGGAAAUCCGCAAGGGAACACUUUGGAGUUUCGAUCUGGUGGUACGGAGGGAGGGCGACGCACGCCGAUGACCCUUCAGCUGCUCCGAGAGCUGUCGACUUAGCCGCCGCAAUUGAUUUUUCUUUCUUCUAA